AUGGCUUCCAAAUCGUGGUCACACUGUGCCUCUAUUGAUGAUACUUUUGGGCCUCACGCGAAGAGUUGUCGAGGUGGAUUCGAUUUUACGUUAUUCUUUGAAGAAACGAUUUUGUUAAUCCUUCCUCUAUCCAUAGCUCUCAUUGCUGCCGUCAUUCGAGUAUUCUUCCUAUUGAGAACAAGGACCAAAGUGAAGAGUACAGCCAUUCUAUUCCUGAAGCUUGGCUCUUAUACUGCCUUCGGGUUCAUCCAAGUCAUUCUCCUGAUCUUCUGGGCGGGUCCAGCCGCUGUCAAAACCCGAGCAUCAAUACCCGCGACCGUUCUCACUUUCGUCGGCUCCUUCUUACUCUGUCUUCUAUCCUAUGCAGAGCAUCUUCACUCUAUUCGACCGUCAUUUUUGCUAAACGUCUAUCUAUUGCUAUCGUUGCUUUUUGACAUAGCCCGAACUCGAACUAUCUGGCUUCAGCCAUAUAAUGGCACCAUCGCAAUUCUAUGCGCUAUCAGCGUAUCUGUAAAGGCAAUAGUCGUUCUACUCGAGGGAAAAGAUAAGCGAUCCAUCCUUUAUCCGCAAUAUGCAUCUUACCCUACGGAGGCGACAAGUGGCAUAUACAGUAGAUGCUUUUUCUGGUGGCAGAACAGCCUCUUCCGCAGAGGCUUUUCUUCCUCUAUCACCGUCGAUGAUCUCCCCAAACUAGACAUCCACCUUGAAUCGAGUUAUUUACAACUCCUGCUCCAACCUACCUGGGAGUCCGUAAUCCACCAUGGCCCCCAUUCUCUCUUCCUUACCACGUUGAGCAGACUCAAAGGUCCUUUUCUUGCCGUGAUACCACCAAGAGCGUUUCUCAUAGCUUUCAAUUACUCUCAGCCCUUGCUCAUUAACCGAGCUAUCACCCUCUCGCAACAACCUGUCUCGAAGCAGACUACGAAUAAUGGCUAUGGUCUCAUAGGAGCUUACAUUCUCGUUUACAUGGGCAUAGCAAUCACUACCGGUCAAUACCAGCAUUUGACAUAUCGUGCGAUCACUAUGAUUCGCGGAGGUGUUAUCUCAUUGUUACACGAUAAAACAUCAAACUUGAGCAUCACUGAAGCGGACCCCGCGUCAUCACUCACUCUUAUGAGUGCAGAUAUCGAGCGUAUAACGACGGGAAUGCAAACCAUGCAUGAGAUUUGGGCAAAUAUCAUCGAAGUCGUCUUGGCAAUUUACUUGCUGCAAUUACAGCUCGGGGCUGCAUGCGUGAUCCCCAUUGGAGUCGCUAUCAUGGGAUCGCUCGCCGCUACUGGCCUCGUCAUGAAGAGGCAACAGCUAUGGCUUGAGGCCAUCGAGCGGCGUAUCACAGCCACAACGGGUAUGCUCAGUUCCAUGAAAGGUGUCAAGAUGUGUGGCCUUUCAAGCGUCCUGCGCCAGAGCUUGCAACAGCUGCGUAUCGACGAGAUGAACGUUUCUAAGGGAUUCCGAACUCUACUCAUUUGGAACAUGGGUUUCGCAUACAUAUCUCCUGUCGUGGCGCCAGUCCUCACUUUCGCUGUGUUCUCUAUAAUAGCGCGGGAUGGCGGCCAUUCCACGCUAAAUACAGCCAAGGUAUUCACUUCGUUGUCCCUAUUCGCUCUGCUAUCGGAGCCUCUUGGAUCUCUGAUAAUGUCACUCGCAACCUUCAUGGGCGCGGUUGGUUGCUUUCAGCGAAUCCAGACGUUCUUGCUCACCGAGCCUAGAGUAGACCGACGAGAGGCUGUUUCAUUACAUCUUGAGGGCUCACGGAAUUCACAGGAUUGCUCGGAAAAGAGUGCCGCGCUAUCUCAGAGGAGUUGCUCAUUAUCACAGCAGAGCAAUAUGUCGCAGGAGAAAUUAACUCUUCGAAAGCACUACACGUUGUCCAACACAAGCGCCAUACUCAUAGAAAACGGAACCUUUGGUUGGGAUAAAGAGGAUCAUGCGUCAGACGUACUUCAGGAUAUUAAUCUGGCAAUUCCACGAGGCAGACUAACCAUGCUGAUUGGGCCUGUGGGGUGCGGUAAGUCGACUCUUCUCAAGGCUAUCCUUGGUGAGCUUCCAGUGAUGGAGGGUGACGUUCGGUUUUUAUCAUCCAUGAGGGUUGCGUAUUGUGAGCAGGAUCCCUGGCACAUGAACGGUACCGUCCGACAAAGCAUUAUUGCAGUUUCGGAGUACGAUCAACGGUGGUACGAAUCGUGCGUUGUAGCAUGUGCACUAGACGAUGAUCUCCAUCAGCUGCCUCAGGGAGACCAGACACAGAUUGGCAGCAAGGGUGUCGCCUUAUCGGGCGGCCAAAGCCAAAGAAUUGCACUGGCGAGGGCAAUAUAUGCUCAGAAGAAUACCCUCAUUCUGGAUGACGCACUAUCUGGACUCGAUUCGCAUACUGAGAAUCGCGUCUGGCACAAUCUCUUCGGUGCCGAUGGUCUUCUUCAAAAAUACGGAUCUACCGUUCUCAUUGCAUCAUCAUCAGCUAAUUUGAACAUAGCGAAGCGGGUUCCUUAUGCCGAUCAUAUCAUUGCGCUUGAUUCCCACGGCAAGAUCUCAGAGCAAGGCUCGUUUGAUGUUCUUAGCAAGAGUGGUGGCUACGUUUCUCAAUUCAACCUGAAGUCGCCUGAGCGGAGCCACACGGCCGAAAAGCUAGAUAUGAAAAGCCUAAGAUUCAAUACUGCUCCUACCAUGAACGGUCAGAGUACAGAAAAUGAUAUCCAAGCGGAGGCCAACAAGCGAACCGGCGAUGUGACCAUAUACACGUACUACAUUAGUACUGUGGGUUGGCUCCCAACAAUUAUCUUCAUGGUUUCGAUUACUAUUUUCAUAUUCUGCAUCUCUUUUCCGAAUCUAUGGGUGAAAUGGUGGGCCGCCGCAAACGCCGUCACUCCAAACGGGAACUUAGGAUACUAUCUCGGUAUCUAUGCAAUGUUGGGCAUACUGGCUCUCAUUUUUCUCGUGAUCAGUUGUUGGCAGAUUAUGAUCACUAUGGUGCCCCGUUCGGGGGUGAACUUCCACUGGAAAUUACUCCAGACAGUACUAAGCGCACCAAUGACUUUCUUCUCUACAACCGAUACCGGUGUCACCCUCAACCGAUUCAGCCAGGACCUUCAGUUGAUAGAUAUGGAGCUCCCAGUAGCUGCUCUCAACACCUUCGCAACUUUCGUACUUUGCAUUGCCCAGAUGGUCCUCAUAUCUAUCGCUUCUCCCUACGCCGCAAUCGCCAUUCCCUUCCUCCUUGCGACACUCUACCUCGUCCAGAAGUUCUAUCUCCGCACCUCACGACAGCUUCGGUUUCUCGACCUUGAAGCCAAAUCCCCUCUCUAUACACAGUUUACCGAGAUACUGUCCGGCCUUGCAACCGUUCGCGCGUUUGGAUUCCAGUCGAGUCUUCAAAAGAAGACUAAAGAGAUACUCGACCGAAGCCAAAAACCCUUCUAUCUCCUCUUCGCCGUGCAACGGUGGCUUACUCUAGUGCUGGACUUGGUUGUAGCAGCCGUGGCUGUACUUCUCAUCAGCUUAGUCGUCGCUCUUAGGGGCAAGCUGAGUGCGGGAUACGUCGGCGUUGCGUUAUUGAACGUGAUUCUCUUCUCACAGAGUAUCAAAAUGCUCAUCACGUUCUGGACGCAGCUAGAGACCCACAUCGGUUCGGUCGCUCGUAUAAAGACCUUCGCGGCGGAAGCUGUCGGCGAGGAUCUAGAAGGCGAGAAAGGAGAAGUGCCAGAGAGUUGGCCCGCUCAUGGUAGAGUAGAGUUUAAGGAUAUCACCGCGGGAUAUAAGCCGUCCGAACCUGUCUUGAACGAGUUUUCUUUGACUAUAGAAUCGGGAGAGAAAGUCGCUAUUGUCGGACGCACCGGCAGCGGCAAAUCAUCGUUACUGCUGACCCUAUUCCGCAUGCUCGACCCAACCAACGGCAGCAUCCACGUCGACUCUCUCGACCUCAGCACCCUCCCCCGCGAUACCAUCCGAUCGCGCCUAAUUGGCCUACCCCAAGACGCUUACCUUCUCGCCGGCUCCGUGCGACUCAAUGCAGACCCCAUGGGCGAAUGCACCGACAAAGCCAUCAAAGCCACGCUACAGGACGUCCAGCUCUGGGACGCAAUCGUCAAGAACGGCGACCAGAAGAAGUACAAGCAUCCGCUGGACGUUCAAGUAGAAGAUUUGCACUUCAGUAAAGGGCAGCAGCAGCUAUUCUGCUUGGCGCGCGCUAUGCUGCGGAAAGGGAGAGUCGUCGUGUUGGAUGAGGCGACGAGCAGCAUCGACGCCCAGACCGACAAAUUGAUCCAGCGUCUCAUCCGCGCCAAGUUCGCUUCUCACACCAUCAUCGCGGUCGCGCACAAGCUUGACACUAUUCUCGACUUUGAUAAGGUCGUUGUCAUGGAGAACGGCCACAUUCGUGAGUGCGGCGAACCGUACCUGCUGCUUGAGGAUCCGACGUCUGAGUUUGCGAGGCUGUACUUUGCGGCUGAGCGCGAGCACGAGGAUUCAGAAACUUUCUAGUACUGGUUCGAAUUCGGAUGUGAGUUGGAUGGUUGAUGUGCUAUGAACAGGUGAGGGGAGGGGGUUCGAAGACGGCCGAUCAAAUUGCUACUUAAUAGUCUUAGUAUUAUUUUCUUGCGUUUGCUUGCAAGUUUUCCUUUACGUCGCACUUUGCUUAUGUUAUUGUUUAAACGCUUUCUCAGUUUGCUAUAUUACGCCGGUCGCUUCUGUCUGAAUUAUGUACUCGAGAAUGUUACAUGCUGCCUCAAUUUUCGAGUCGACGAGGUGGUUGCUAGUCUCCGUUCAUCAGAAGCAAAUGAACGCGUAUCAGUUUGCGUUCGUGGAGUUUUGACAUCGUGUCCGGAUGAUAACGGCACGUCAUCCGGUUUUUAAUCUUCUAGGCCAGAAUGGUCUGCGAACCCUAGGGUGUCACGGUUUGAAGUCCCCCAAUGCAUGUUCAAGGACCUAGACGGGAGGCAAGCGAAUCAUUUUGAACGACCUC